AGAGUCUCGUCCGCUGCGGGGCUGCUCUCCCUCUGCCUUUUCUCUCUCUCUCUCUCCGUCUCUCCGUGUGUCUCUUUCCCCCGCUUCCUCUCGUCCUCGCCUUCUUUCCCUCCUGCCCGCCUCGAGUCCCGGCUUCCUCUCGCUUCCCCCCUCCCUUUCCUUUCCUUCCUUCUUCCCUCCUUCCCCGCCAACCCCCCAUCCGCCAGGCGCGAGCCGAAGAUGGCAGGCUGGCAGAGCUACGUGGAUAACCUGAUGUGCGAUGGCUGCUGCCAGGAGGCCGCCAUUGUCGGCUACUGUGACGCCAAGUACGUCUGGGCAGCGACGGCCGGGGGCAUUUUUCAGAGCAUUACGCCUGUAGAAAUAGAUAUGAUUGUAGGAAAAGACCGCGAGGGUUUCUUCACCAACGGUCUAACUCUGGGUGCAAAGAAGUGCUCUGUGAUCAGAGAUAGCCUCUAUGUGGAUGGUGACUGUACAAUGGACAUCAGGACAAAGAGCCAAGGUGGCGAGCCAACAUAUAAUGUUGCUGUAGGCAGAGCUGGUCGAGUCUUGGUCUUUGUAAUGGGCAAAGAAGGGGUCCAUGGAGGCGGAUUGAAUAAGAAGGCAUACUCAAUGGCAAAAUACUUGAGAGACUCUGGGUUCUAGUUGCUAGGCAGACUGUUAAGUAUUAGGGGAAAUUGCUAUUAAACUUUCCUGGCCUCAAGCUACAUUGUGGAAACUUUAUUAGCAAUGCAGGGUGAUGGGGUAUGAACCUGUGUCUCCUUUGUAUCCCUCUAUUGGUGGGGAAAGGUGUUAUUCUUUCUUUAAUUCUGUUCAUCCUUGUUUCCUUGUGUACUCCAGCAUUGGUUAUGGCCAUGGGAAAGGGAAGGUGUCCAUGGAGGGACACUCAACAAGAAAGCUUAUGAACUGGCUUUAUACCUGAGGAGGCCUGAUGUCUAAGCAGCCUCUCCCCAUCCACAUAGCAACUGUUUUCAUCACCACCUCUUGUGUUAAAAGUACUACCAGCCUAUAGAUGGCGGUUUUAUUUACACAUUUCCCUAUUGUCAUGGCUCCAGUUACCCUUUUUUGUUUGUAUGUUAAUCACUGUUGUACCCAUGUUCUGUAUCUGGCACCAUCUAUUGCAACACAAAAGAUGAUAUGCAUGAUACGUUGAAGCCUUGGGAGGGAAUCAUGCCAAGUCCAGGCGUUACUUUUCUUAGCAAUUAGUGUGACAUUGAGAGCUAAACCAAUUUAAAUUAAACUAAAUAAGGUGCCGAUUGUACAAUCCAGAUUGAUCAAUGCCUCCUCAGCACUUUGAGCAUUUACACAGCUCAUUAGUCUUCCUUUUGUAGAGCAUGGUUGGGAGGGAAAAAGUGCAUGCAUAUCUCUACUUUCCUCCCCCUUGUCCUUACCUUUAAUUCACUCUUCUUUUUUGUUUGCUUCCAUCUCUAUCUAUCUAUCUAUAUAUACAUUUUUAAAUACAGUGCCUGGUUUGUUUAACCAAUUUGCUGCUUGAAAGCUGUCACAAGUGUUGCUUUAGUUUUGUUGUUGCUCUUCUGUGUAGACUUGCAAAACUCUUCAUGGUGUCUGAAGUGCAUCCUGCUUUUAAAAGGGUAACUGCAAAACUAUGAAAAGGUGCCGAUGCUCUUCUCCCCCUCCCCUUCACCACCAUCCCCAUCUUGAAUGAAUCCCCAGGGACAUUCCAUCACCGCAAUAGCUCAGGCACGUAAUUUUGUUUUUGUUUUUGCCAGCUCCUGUUCUGUAGUUGAAAUGUAAAAAGGCUGCCAUCAUGGACUUUAGAUAUCCCAGUGUAACCAUCUGGAGUGUGUCCGGUUUCAUUUUUUCAUAGGACCAAUUUGAUUUGCAGCUUGGGUUUUUAUAUGAAACUGCAUUGUCAUUGUCAACAAACUACCACCUUCAGCUAUACACCUAUAGCCUAGUCUGAGAUCAGUCUGUCAGAUCAUCAACUGAGAAAUAAGAUUUGCUGCUCUGAUAUCAGUGUAUGUUUUGAAGGUUGGUAGUUGUAAGAUAAAACGGUCCAAACGGAUACCAUUUCAAAUCUAAUCUUCAUUUGGCCUGAUAUACCCUUGCUGCAGAAAUUGUGGAGUGAACUGCCUUGUGCACUAGUCAUCCGAAACAUGUGUAACCAAAUUGUCAGUUUGAGCACAGUACUAACUUGUAUGUCCAUUUAAAAGAGAACUGCAGAACUCUGUAUACAAAAGAGAAAAUGGAGGAUGGUCUUGGUUGGAAUAACUGAGUUGGCUGUCUUGUGAUGAAUUUUUAAUGUAUUCUGUGCCAUACUAAUGUUUUAAAAAAUGAACUGUUGCUAUUGUGAGAUGGAUUUUAACUGACAAGAAAGAUUUCUUCUGAAUGGCACUACUUUAGGGACACUAGUAUUUGCUUCUAUUGUUCGGGCCUUUGUGGAUAAUGUACAGACUUAAAACAAAUUCUUGUUGCUGAUUUGUCCAUUUAUUUCCCUGCACUUUGUUACAUCUGGGAUACAGUCUAACUCAUCUGAUUUAAUAUGCAUUUCAAAAAAUGCCAUAACUAUUAAACACCUUGUUUACAGACAGAUGAAAUAAAUUUAUUCCAACCAAAUAAAGUAUGAGUUAGUGUGUUAUGUGGUUCUGAUCUGCCCCCCCUGCCCCCACCCCUUAUGAAGGCAUGUCAUAUUGCAGUGCCCUUGUGACGACCUGACUGUGUUAAGGGUGGGUUUAAUGUUGUAUUACAUUUACGUGGGUCAUGUCUUUUAUUAAUAAAGAGCAGUCCAUUCAUUGUAAUUGAGUCACUCUGGUGUAAAAUUUGAGUAUAGUUCUUUAUGGAGCUGAACCUAUAAAGAUUACUGCUUGAACUAUAAAACUGUUGCACUAGCUUUUAGUAAUAAAAUGAGACAUUCCUAUACCAGUUAAGAUGCAUUUGUGGGAGUGGGGCACCCUGAGGCAAUACCUCUGGUACUAUACAAAAACUUGUCUUAAACAAGGUUAUUUUUAGAGACUGAGUAUAGCCUAGGAUGGUGUUGCUCUGCUGAAUUCUGCUUCUGUUACAAAUGAGAGAACUAUGGUCUUGCACCCCUCAAGCUAUUCCUUCUUAAAGGAUGUUCCAUUUUUAAAAAGUAAAAUUAUGUAGAUUUCCCCCUCCUUUCUCUUAUUGCUUCCCCCAAAUUGCUGAAGGCUACUAUAGAUAUAUUUCCACUGCGGCAAGCACUUAUGGUAUUUAGCCUGUAUGUCUCUUCAGUCUAAGUGGUUAUGAUAGCUGCAUGUGGAGAUCCUUUCCUCUUGUAGCCAGCAGCUCAUAGUUUGGAAGGGAGAAUUAAGAGUUGCACAUGGAAUCACCAUAUUGCAGUCCUAUAGGGAUAUGGCACUUAGAGAUUGUAAAUAAUGUUUGUUUCCAGAGCAGAAGAGUAUCUGGAGGUAACAUACCAUAGGCAAGUGCUAAAUUAUCAUUUGUGUUGUGUUACAACUUUUCUCUACCCCCAUCUUCCUACAUACUUUUCUCCAUGGUGAUUUGUCAUAUGCGUACCAAACAUAUGCGUACUGCCUAAGACUGCCAUUACAUAUCCUGAUCACAGCCUUUUGUGGCAUGGAAAAUCUGGAACCACUUCACAAUGCAUGUUACAGCUGGGUUAGGGAAAUUGCCACAGCUUAAAUAUUCUUGAAAUGGGCUUACGAAUCAGCUACGUGAUGUGCCCCCCCCUUUUAAAGGCUGCUGCCUGAUUAAGAACCUUAAUUGACAGUUGUGCAAAAUUUGCAUAUAAAAAUAGUUCUGAAGUGGAAAGCAUACUUUGUUUUUAGAUAUACACAUGUGCUGUGGUAAGCAUUAUCAUGAAAGUGGUAUUGCUUCCUGAGGGGGGGGGAUUUCUCAAUAUCAGGGAACCGUUUUAGCUAAUUACUCUUAAAUAUUGCAGUCCUAGUUUAAAAUCUUAGCUAAAGCUUUGUUUUAGAAAGUUCCUGGUGGUUUAUAUGAACUGUUUAAUCACAAAUGCUGUUUUUAUGAUAAGUUGAAAUAUGAGUGGUGGGAGGUGAGUCGGCAUGGGGAACAGCUGUAAUACUCCCCCCUUCCUCAAGGAUAUGCAUGAGCCCUUGCAAUCCUUGUUUGUAGUUUGCCUGUCUUUUCAAGAAAUGAGUGUUGAACUACUGUGUUGUUGUUGUUUUUUAAAAAUCCCUACUACCGUAGUAUGAAACUGCUUAACAGUCAGUUUAUAUAUGUAGAUCAUUGCAACUUUAUAUAAAUAGAAGCAGCAUUGAUGGGGUCUGAUUUUGUCUAACUGAUCAAAAUGAGUUGAUUCUUUUAAGCUGGGUGAAAGGUUGGUCUGGUGAAGAAUAGAAGUUUUAUACACACUUUUGUCUUUUAACUUCACUAUCUUUAUUCUCUUAAUAGCAUUCCCUUUAUUGGCAUUUUUAAAUAUUACUCACUCUUCCUUCAUAAAUAUAAAUAGAUGAUGACUUCAGUAGGUCUCAGAUGUUUUCUUUUGUGCAAAUGUUUCUCAGGGUAUUCAGUGAAGUAUAUAUGAACCAGGUAGUAGAGGCUUCAGCACUUUUGGAAGAAAGCAAUUUCUUUCAGUGUUUUACAUUAUAGUCAUACCUUGGAAGUCUAACGGAAUCCGUCCCGGAAGUCCAUUUGACUUCCAAAAUGUUCAGAAAGCAAGGUGCAGCUUCUGAUAGGUUGCAGGAAGCUCCUGCAGCCAAUUGGAAGCUGCGUCAGACAUUCGGGUUCCAAAGAAUGUUCGCAAACUGGAACACUCACUUCCGGGUUUCCGGCAUUUGGGAUCCAAUGCAUGACUGUACAAAUAUUCUUUAGCUAGUCUUCUCUCUCUCC